AAAGAGUCUCAUCAGCAACAAAUUCAAUACAAAUCUAAAGUCUUUUGUGGUGUAGUGGUCUUUUAAUUAACCACGAGGUCUUCAAGCCAAGCAAAAGCAGUACAACCAUUGAUCAUGGUUCUCAUUACUUUUAUGCUGCUAAGUCUCUUACUUGCACCAGCUUCAGAAGGUGCUAUCAGUUGUGGCACUGUGAUUAGCACAAUUAAGCCUUGCUUUAGCUAUUUACAAGGUACUGGUGGAAAGCCACCACAACCUUGUUGUACUGCUUGUCAAUCUCUUCAAUCUGCUACUUCAACUACACCAGAUAGGCAGGCUGCUUGCACUUGUCUCAAGAAUGCAGCUCAGAAAGUUAAUAUUAAUGCUCAACUAGCAAAGGGUCUUCCUCAGAGUUGUGGAAUCUCCUUGUCCUUCCCUAUCUCAACCAGUGUUGACUGCACCAAGAUCAAUUGAAGUGUUUUAAGGACGAUGAUUCUGCUGGAACGUAUUUCUUUGGCAUGAGGAAGGCUAUAUAGCAAAUAAUUUGUUGGGGGUGUAAUUGUGUCCUUUUCUGGUUUGGUAUACUUAUUGUACUUAUUGUGUUCAGAGGUUUUGCUCUUCUGUUUGUAUGUAAUAAAUUGUGCUUUUUCUGAUGAGGAGAAAAUACAAUGAGAAUUGAGAAAUUUUCUUACUAGCUGUGGAGUACUAAGCGAGCCGAGUUUACGUUAUAAUGUAAAUGCUGCAUGUUAUGAGAAUUUGAUUUCAACGUUUCGGUUUC